UGAAGCCUCCCUGUUAUGGCGGCGCUCCCUAGCGGCCGGCAGCGCCGCUGCAGUGCGCGCUCCCGGCGGCGGAGCGCGGCCCGGCCCGGCCCGGCCCGGCCCAGCGCCGCCCGUAGAGACGUUGGCCAGAGGAGGGUGGAAGGUGCUGAGGCGAGGCCCCCAGUGGUGCAUGAGCGUCCCACGGCCGGCCCAGCGUGGCCCCUGACCAGAGGCUCGCCCCGCCACAGGCUCACCCCCACGAGAGGUUCUCCCCUGCCACAGCUUUGCCCCCACAAGAGUUUCUCCCCUGCCACAGCUUUGCCCCCACGAGAGGUUCUCCCCCGCAGCAGGCUUGCCCCCACCACAGGUUCGCCCCAUGUCAGCCGUUGGCAAGCGCUGGCGCAGAGCUCCCAGCCUGACAGGCAGCCCGGCUCCCGUCCGCAGGCCCCUCAAGCUGACCCUGCAGUGGUGUCGGAGGACAGCAAGAUCAACACACCACUCUCCUACCUCAGCUGGGCUCGGCGCUGGCCCCCAACGAGCGUAAAACAGCCCUCCAUGCAGCUGCCCCAGAAGAUGGAAGAGAAAAAAAUGCUAUGUGACUGCUUUGAAGUGGAGAACCUUACCAGUUCCAGGGAGGAGAGGACUGAAGGUGAUUUGAAGACGUUUUGGACACAACUGGGAGGUAGAAGAGUAGACGUCAUAUUUGAGCAGGUGCAAAAUGUGCUGCUGUUGCUAAAGCAAAAGAUCAAGAAUGGAACUGCCACAAACCAAGAAUGCUGGCAGGCUUGGGCACUGGUGAAUGAAGCUAAUCUAGGUGAUCUCUUAACCUUGACAAAUGUAAGUGAUAUGUUUGAUGGAGAUGGCAUACAGGAAACCAAACCCAAAUUUCAGCGUCUUCUUACAGAUGACAACACUGUAGACUCUGUACAAGGUUCUCACAGCAAAAAGGAGGAGAUGGAAAAAACAGGUUCAGGGAGUAAAGCAGCAUCUAGUAAAGUUCAAGAUUUACCUUUAAACCUGCAGUACCAGAACCACAAGUGCUCUAGUGCAUGUCUUGCCAACAGAGCAGCGGGUUCCUACAAGGGUGAAAAUCCUCUUAAGAUGCCAAUCCUGUUUGACUUUCAAAGACGCCAUGCAAAAGCAGACUGCCUUUCAAAAUCACUGGAUGUGAAUUAUAAAGCUCCUUGCGGUCGAAGUCUGAGAAGCUUUCAAGAUGUGCAAAAUUAUUUGUUUGAAACAGAAUGCAAUUUCUUAUUUGUUGAUCACUUCUCCUUCAACACAUAUGUACUGUUGGGCCGGAACACCGUAAAUCCCGAACCCCUCGUGUUUGAUUUUGAUAUUAGCAAUGGAGCCGAGUCUGUGCCCGUUUCCUUCUGCAAUGAUCUUGACCGCGCAAGAUUACCUUAUUUCAAAUAUCGGAGGGCAUCGUGGCCACGUGGAUAUUAUCUCAACAAUUUCUCCACCAUGUUUGUUGAUUCAUGUGACUGCACAGAUGGCUGUAUUGAUAGGUCAAAAUGUGCAUGCCUACAGCUAACUGCAAGAGGCUGUAGUAAAAUUUCUCUGUCUCCGAGUAGUAAAACAUCCUGUGGAUACAGUUACAAAAGACUGGAGGGACCUGUUCCUAGUGGAAUUUAUGAGUGUAGUGUGUUGUGCAGGUGUGACAAGAUGAUGUGUCAGAACAGAGUUGUACAGCAUGGCAUUCAAGUCAGGUUGCAAGUGUUCAACACAGAGAAGAAAGGCUGGGGCGUCCGCUGCCUGGAUGAUAUCGACAAAGGGACGUUCGUUUGCACUUACUCAGGCAGGUUAAUGACCAGAGCUGAAGUUCAAGUACUGGGAGAUGCUGGUCAAGAGCUGAAAGAGAAGAGUGCUGUGAAUGACAGAGGCCACGGCUUUUUUUCCAAAAAAAGAAAACUUGACAGUGAUUGUUCAGACUCUGUGAUUGAACUAGUGCAGACUGGCAAAAAUGACAUUCUUGAGAAGCAGGAAUCUUUGUCUCAGACUGUGGACAAUGAAAAUAAAUCAACCCUGGUUCAUCCAAGGAAUUUAAGUAUUGCAACUUCGAGAAGGCCUGGAACUAGAACAGUUGUUUUCCAUAAUCACCAUCUAAAAAUGGAAAUUGAUACACUGGUGCACAGUGCCAGCUCAGAUGAAGAUAAUAGUUCUCAGAUUCAUCAGUCAAGCAAAACAAAACUAACCAGUGGAACAAAGAAAGGAAAAGAAAAAUCCACUCAGCAGCGGAAGGAAGAACAUCUGAUGGAGAUUGGACAGACUGAGUCUGCUGACAUGGACAGUGCAGAAUGCAAAAGAAAGGGUCUGUCUCUGCAGGGUGUUGAUUGUGGCAAGUCAGGUGUGCUGGAUGACAUGUGUGUUGUGAGGCCACCCAAAGAUGUACCACUAAAAGCUGACUGCAAAGAGGAAAAUCACAGGCCGUCAAAACAAGAUGCAUUUUGUGAGGAGGCUGACGGUGAUAGGACGCUUCUGAAGAAUGCUAAUGAAGAAAAUAUUUACGUACUGGAUGCUACAAAAGAAGGAAAUGUGGGUCGUUUUCUUAAUCACAGCUGCUGCCCAAAUCUCUUUGCACAGAGUGUGUUUGUAGAGACUCACAACAGAAGUUUCCCGUGGGUGGCGUUCUUCACAAACAGGCAUGUGAAAGCUGGAACCGAGCUCACGUGGGAUUAUGGUUAUGAAGCUGGUAGCAUGCCAGAGACAGAGAUUUCCUGUCAGUGUGGAGUUCAGAAGUGCAGGAAAAAAACCUUAUAGGCAAAGCUUUCCUGCUGUCAACACAUCAUAGCAGAGAGAAGUACUAUUUGCAAGAGUUAGUGAUGAUUUAGGCAAUUGUAUAUGGGAGCGAAACAUGCCUGUGAGAGACUGCCAUGGCCAUGGAGUAGAGGUUUCAAGCCUACAGGUAUACUGCAAAAUGAAAGAGAAGCAGGAACCAGUUCUUGGUGCUCAGGCCAAGAGGCAGCGGAUGGCUUCUGUCCAGAUGGCUUAGGGUUAGUUCUCUUUUAAUUGGGUUGCAUCUCUGCUGUGUAACUGUGGACAAACACGGUACCUGUGGCCCUAACCUGUUUUUUGAGUUUGUUUUGGAUGCUUCAAGCUUAAAAAACAUGGGUUUGUGCUGCAACACACAAUGGUCUGGAAUUUCUCAACAGUCUCGGCAUGCAUGAGGAAUUUAAGCCUGUUAAAAAUGGACUUUUAACAGAGAUAACAGACCUGUGAACUAUGCUGCUUGCAGUGAAACCUCAACUCUUCUCUCCCACAGCCCUGUUUGAGAGCUUGACAUACCCAUCAAGCAAACCCCUCCUCAGCUUUUGUCCCAGUUGUUGCACUACGAGUUUGUGUGUGGUUUCAUCAUGCAUCUUCAGGGCUAAAUGCAAAAGAGUUGGGUUACCCCAGUGUUGGUGCAGUACCCCUUCAAAGGGUCAGAGCCACCCAUUCUUGCCCUCAUCUGUCCCCUUCCACCCCUCUGUCACUGAGGAGCACCACCAUGUUAGCAGCAGUCAGCAUUCAACUCGGUUGCUUCUUGCUUCAUCAAAGAUCUGUCUCUGCUCAGAGGCAAUAUGCCUUAGCAUAACAUUGUGCAGUGUAAAAAAUCUCUAGAGACAUGCCAAACUGUGUGACAAGCCCGCUGGUAACCCAACACUGGUGUAAGCCUUUUAAACAAGUGAGGGUGUGGAAAAUACCUGUCUCUAGGCUCGACUAGGAUGUGGCAAAGCAGAUGGGAAUGUCAUUAAAGCAUCAAGGGGGAAAAAAUGUACAUUUUACUGCUGUUGAUUAUAUUUCCC